CUCUGUUUGUGUGUUGAAUAGUAGUGAACACACAGUCCUAACACAACUAACCUGACAUACAACAGGCAAACCAUACCUCUCUCUCUAUUUUGCUUUCAGUUUUCAACAUAAGUCUGUUUUCAAGUUUUUUGAGUGAAGUCAGUGUUUUAUAUUAGUUGUUAUUGUCGUAUGAAUCUCAUCGACAAAUGGGAAGAAUAAUCUUCUCAUUAGUUGUUUUCUGUCAUGUAUUUCAUGUGAUGACCGGUCACUUGAAUUCAAUUGAUUCAUAUUUCAUGGCAGAAAUGCAACGAUACGAUGGUUGGUAUAACAAUUUGGCACAUCCUGGCUGGGGAUCUGUUGAAAGUCAAUUGACAAGAAAGACUCCGCCAUCAUAUGCUGACGGUGUAUAUAUGAUGGCCGGUGAGAACCGGCCGAGUCCUCGAUUGCUUAGUCAGGCGCUUAUGAAAGGCGAUGACGGACAACCAUCCAUCAGAAAUCUGACCACACUUUUUGCUUUUUUUGGUCAAGUGGUGUCAUCUGAAAUAUUGAUGGCAUCAGAGCCGGGCUGUCCUAUUGAGAUGCAUAGGAUUAAGAUUGAGAAAUGUGACGAAAUGUAUGACAGAGACUGCAAGGGCGGGCGUACUAUGCCUUUCCAUAGAGCUAUUUAUGACUCAAGAACCGGACAAUCACCUAACCAUCCAAGAGAACAGUUAAAUAUGGCCACGAGUUGGAUUGACGGGUCAUUUAUCUAUAGCACGACCGAGACGUGGCUCAACACUAUGAGGACAUUCAAGAACGGGUCGUUUAAGACGGACGAAACCGGACUGUUUCCGCCCCGAAAUCGAGAGCGCGUACCGCUUAUCAACUCUCCUCCGGCACACCAUCUAAGGAUGGUUACACCGGAGCGCAUGUUUUUAUUGGGUGAUCCACGAACCAACCAAAAUCCUGCACUGUUAGCUUUUGGUAUAUUGUUUUUUCGAUGGCAUAACGUGUUGGCCGAACGAGUUCAGGCCGAACACCCGGAGUGGUCCGAUGAGGACGUAUUUCAAAGAGCUCGUCGCUUAGUUAUUGCUAGUCUACAGAACAUUGUUAUGUAUGAAUACCUGCCGGUGCUGUUUGCUGAGCCCACGCCACCCUACAGUGGUUUUAAGCCAGACAUUCACCCCGGUAUUAGUCAUGUGUUCCAGUCAGCGGCCUUUCGCUUUGGCCAUACUAUGAUACCACCCGGACUUUACAAAAGAGAUGCAAAAUGCAAUUUCCGGAAGACAUCAUCUGGUUAUCCGGGUAUACGUUUGUGUUCAACCUGGUGGGACGCUGAGGAAAUAGUGCCCGACAUAGGAGUUGAGGAACUAUUGAUGGGAUUGUCGUCACAAAUCGCUGAGAGGGAGGACUCAGUUCUCUGUUCAGAUGUCAGAGAUAAAUUGUUUGGACCCAUGGAUUUUAGUCGACGAGAUUUAGCGGCACUUAAUAUAAUGAGAGGAAGAGAUAAUGGAUUAGCCGACUAUAAUACUGUUCGCCGAUAUUUCCAUUUACCAGUACUUAAAAACUGGACUCAAAUUAAUCCUGAAUUAUACGCCCGAAAACCAGAAAUUAUUGAUCAGUUGGCAAAACUAUAUAACAAUGAUUUAGAUAAUGUGGACACUUAUGUGGGAGGAAUGGUUGAGUCUGAUUUCCAAACGGGUCGUCCGGGAGAACUGUUCAGAGCUGUCAUUAAAGAACAAUUCUUUCGUAUUCGAGACGCCGACAGGUUUUGGUUUGAGAACACACAGAACGGAAUCUUUACUUUGGAAGAGAUCCAAGAGAUUCGCAAAAUUCGAUUGUAUGACAUUCUGGUCAACUCGACUGCCAUUCCUACAGAUGCCAUACAACGGAAUGUAUUUCUUUUUCGAGACAAUGAUCCCUGUCCUCAACCCAUACAGUUAACGAGCAAAAUGUUAGAGCCGUGUCUGAUUCUCGCCGGUUGGAACUACUUUCAUGGCUCAGAAUUGCCAUAUAUUCUUGUUUUACUACUUCUUGCAUUUAUUCCAAUGGUUGUCGCAAUAUUUGGUUACGGAGUAAUCAAACUUCAGAAUAGAAGAAGAAGAAAAUUAAAAGCAAAACAAGAGAACACUAAUAAUAAAAAUUAUGACAAACUCUAUGUCAGGGAAUGGUUGCAUCAAAACCACAAAAGAUAUGUAAAGGUUAAGAUCGGACCCGAAGAGACCAUUUCAACCAUCAACAGAAAGGGAGAGAUUUUGCGAAAUAUUAACUUCAAAAACGCCAACUCUCUUAUGGUUGAAGUAACUCAAGAUUCACACAAACCAAUGGUUUUAAUCCGUUCGGCUCGAGAUCACGAUCUAGUCUUACAGUUUGAUAACAUUGGUUCGCGAAAGAAAUUUUUAGCCAAAUUGGAGGCAUUUUUAUUAAAUUAUAAGAAAACUCUGGAAAUAAUUCAUACCUAUAAAGACGUAAUGCUGGCCAAUGCAGAAACCAAAGAAAAACGUCAGAAACGUUUGGAGCACUUCUUUAGAGAGGCCUAUGCCUUGACUUUUGGUCUAAAACCUGGAGAGAAACGAAAACUGGAAGACGUUAGUAAUGAUGUGAUUAUGGUUAUGAGGACAUCACUAUCAAAGAAAGAGUUUGCUGAAGCACUCGGUAUGAAACAAGACUCACUUUUUGUUAAACAAAUGUUCAAUUGUGUGGACAAAGAUAAAGACGGAAGAAUCAGUUUUCAAGAAUUCUUGGAUACAGUCGUCCUAUUCUCCAGAGGCAAGACUGAAGACAAACUUCGAAUCAUAUUCGAUAUGUGCGAUAAUGAUGGCAAUGGUGUCAUCGAUAAGACAGAACUAACCAAAAUGUUGAGAUCACUCGUCGAUAUCGCCAAAACUGAUUCCAUGGCAGAGGAUGAGGUCAUGAAUCUUAUUCAAGAGAUGUUUGCGGCCACAGGUCUCGAAAAUAAAGAAGAGCUCACUUACGAUGACUUCAAGCUAAUGAUGAAAGAAUAUCGCGGAGACUUCAUUGCCAUUGGAUUGGACUGUAAGGGAGCCAAACAAAACUUUUUGGAUACUUCAACAAAUAUCGCACGAAUGACUAGUUUUCAGAUCAACCAUUUGCCAGAUCCCGAACCUUAUUAUAUUAUACGCAAAUGGAACUAUUGGAUCACUUAUCUCGAAGAAUAUCGACAACAUAUCGUCUAUUUAUUUAUAUUUUUUGUAAUAACUAAUGUCCUAUUCUUUGAGCGUUUUCUAAGUUAUACAUAUCUGAGUGAACACAUGGAUCUGAGACAUGUCAUGGGUUACGGUAUUGCUAUUACUCGUGGAUCAGCCGCUUCUCUAUCAUUUUGUUACUCAUUGUUAUUGCUAACAAUGUGUCGCAAUCUGAUCACCAAAAUCCGUGAAAUACCAUUACAUCAAUACAUACCACUUGAUAGUCACGUCCAGUUUCACAAGAUUGUAGCCAUGACUGCACUAUUUUUUACAGUGAUUCACACGAUUGGUCACUGCAUUAACUUUUAUCACGUGUCGACCCAACCGGUCGAACACUUGCGGUGUUUGACAAAGGAAUUGAACUUUGAUUCCGACUCCAAACCGACCUUUUCUUUCUGGAUCUUUGGAACCGUUACGGGAUUGUCGGGAGUAGUUCUCUACACUAUUGUUUGUGUGAUAUUUAUCUUCGCUCAUCCAAAGAUACGCCAAAAGGCUUACAGCUAUUUCUGGAUAACACAUAGUCUUUAUUACUGGCUUUACAUCUUUAGCUUAAUUCAUGGUUUAGCCAAACUUACCGGAACACCAAGAUUUUGGAUAUUUUUUAUGAUUCCCGCCAUAAUAUUUACUUUCGACAAAAUUAUUAGUCUUCAGGCAAAAUAUAUGGAACUGGAUGUUCUCGACACUGAACUUUUACCUUCAGAUGUAACAAAAGUAAAGUUUUCUCGUCCGCCGAGCUUUAAAUACCUUUCCGGACAAUGGAUCCGAUUGAGUUGUACGGCAUUCAAAGCUAAUGAAUAUCAUUCGCUUACAUUGACUUCAGCACCUCACGAGAACUACCUGUCCGUCCACGUCAAAGCACAGGGACCCUGGACCUGGAAACUUAGGAAUUACUUUGAUCCCAAUAACUUUGAAUAUAAAGUUGAGCGACCCUUACCUAAGAUUAGACUCGAGGGACCGUUUGGUGGCGGCAAUCAAGACUGGUAUAAAUAUGAAAUUGCUGUUAUGGUUGGCGGAGGUAUUGGUGUUACACCUUAUGCUUCUAUACUCAAUGAUCUUGUAUUUGGUACGUCAACUAACAGAUACUCUGGUGUCGCCUGUAAAAAGGUUUAUUUCUUGUGGAUCUGUCCAUCGCAUCGACACUUUGAAUGGUUUAUUGAUGUAUUGCGAGACGUUGAACGAAAAGACGUGACACAAGUAUUAGAAGUUCACAUAUUUAUCACUCAAUUCUUUCAUAAGUUUGAUUUGAGAACAACUAUGUUAUACAUUUGUGAGAAUCACUUCCAAAGGAUAUCCAACAGAAGUAUGUUUACUGGACUUAAAGCUAUCAAUCAUUUUGGGAGACCAGAUAUGAAUGCUUUUCUUAAGUUUGUCCAAAAGCAACAUUCAUACGUCAGUAAAGUCGGUGUCUUUAGUUGCGGUCCAUCGGCACUAACAAAGACUAUAAGCAAAGCCUGUGAGACAACUAAUAAUAGACGAAAACUUCCCUAUUUUUUACAUCAAUACGAAAAUUUUGGUUAA